CAUGUGAUCAUUCUAAACAUUAUUUCUUAAUCAAAUGUAAAAUAUUUUGUUUUAAAAAAUUAUGAAUUCUUCUAUUUAAAUUAUAUUAUUGAACAAAUUUUUCAUUAAACAUGGAUUAUCCUCUAAUAUAUAAUUUGAGCUGUGGAAAAGCAUUACCGGAAUGGCUUUCAGAAAGAAAAAGAAGAACUUUAUUGAAGAAAAAUCCAGAAAUGAAAAGACAUAUAUCUUUGAUUCAAGAUUUUGAUAUGCCUGGAUUGAGUAAUACUGUAAAAGUUACUCAAGAUGGCCAAUAUAUUUUGGCCACAGGUAUUUAUAAACCUAGAAUAAAGUGUUUUGACGUAAAUAAUUUGGCAAUGAAAUUUGAAAGGUGUUUUGAUUCUGAAGCUGUUACAUUUGAGAUACUUUCUACUGAUUAUAGUAAAUUUGUCAUUUUACAAUGUGAUCGGUAUGUUGAAUUUCAUUCUCAGGAAGGCCGUUAUUAUAGAUUACGCAUACCAAAAUUUGGUCGUGAUAUGAAAUAUCAUUACCCUACUUGUGAUUUAUAUAUUGGUGGAAGCAGCCCUGAGAUUUACAGAUUAAAUUUAGAUAGAGGCCAGUUUUUAAAUCCUUUUUUAUCAAAUGCUGGUGAUGAAAUUAAUAAAUUAGCUAUAAACCCUGUUCAUAAUAUGUUAAUCACUGGGACCAAAGAAGGAAAAAUUGAAGCAUGGGAUUCAAGAGCCCACACAAGUAUUGGUGUUUUAGAUUGUGCUCUUAACUCUGUUACUAAUGAUACAAAUAUUGUUACCGAUGGAUUUCCUUCUAUAACAGCUCUUCAGUUUGAAAAUGCUUUAAAUUUAGGUGUAGGAACAGCAACAGGACAAAUACUUCUAUAUGACUUAAGAUCUAAUAAACCAUAUAGAGUAAAAGAUCAUCUGUUUGGAUUACCUAUAAGAGAUAUAGUUUUCCACGAGGAAAAUAUUUUGUCUAUGGAUUCAUCUUCAGUUAAAAUAUGGAAUAAAAAUACUGGUAAACUAUUUUCUGCAAUUGAAUCUGGAAAUGAUACUCAGUUCAAUAAUCUUUGUGUUGUUCCAAAUACUGGAAUGCUGUUUAUUGCUAAUGAAAAUUCAAAAAUUCAAACACAUUACAUCCCGAGUUUAGGACCUGCUCCUAAGUGGUGUGGAUUUUUAGAUGCUUUGGUUGAAGAAUUAGAAGAAACUAAAAAAGAAACCAUCUAUGAUGACUAUAAAUUUGUUACUAGAAACGAACUUGAAGAACUUGGAUUAGCACAUUUAAUAGGAACAAACCUUUUAAAAGCAUUUAUGCAUGGUUAUUUUGUGGAUAUUAGACUCUAUAGAAAAGCUAAAUCCGUUGCUGAACCUUUUGCUUUUGAGGAGUAUCGUAGAAAAAAAAUAAGAGAAAAAAUUGAAUCUGAAAGAACAAGUCGUGUACAAGUUCAGAAAUUACCACCUGUAAAUAAAGAACUUGCACUUAAACUGAUACAUGAUGAAAAAGAAGGAAAGAAAAAUAAAAAUAGUUCCAGUUUAUUAAAAGAUGAUCGUUUUAAAGCUUUGUUUGAAAAUCCAGCAUUCCAAGUUGAUACCAAUGCUGAAGAGUAUAAACUAUUGAAUCCAGUUUUAAAACGUUUAGAUAAAUCAAAACAAAAAAAAUUAGAACAGGAAAUUCAAAACCAAUUCCAACAAGUGGAUGAUGAAAUUGAAGGUAAACCUAGUUCAGAAGAAAGCAGUGAUGAAUAUAGCUCAGAUGAAGACCAAAGAUGGACUAAAGAGUUAAAAGCGGAGUAUAGAGCAGCAAAAAGAAGAAGAAUAGCAAUUGAAAAAGAAGAUCAUAAAAUAUCUAAAAAUUUAGAGAAUAUUUAUUGUCACGAAGGUAGUGAUGAAAAUAAUCAAAUUUUAUCACAAGAAUCACUAACUAAAAAUCCAAAGUUUUAUGAAAUUAGAGAAGGGGAAGAAUUUAAUGGGCCUAAUAGCAAUAAUCAAUUAGCAGUUUCACUAAACACCAAUGCUACAUUAGGAGAAAGAAUACAUUUAGAAAAUUUUAAUUCUGUAAAAGUAUUAACAAGUGGCAAUAGGCAAAUAACAUUUUCAACUCAAAAAGAAAAGAAAUAUGAAAAAUCUGAAUCAGAAGCAGAAAAACAUAAGCAAGAUAGAUUAAGUAUAAUAAGAAAAGGCCCUAAAAACCUUAGAAAACCUAGGUUUUAUUCUGGACCAAAAAGUAAUACUUUUCGAAAAAAAAGAUAAACUUAAUAAUAGCAUACUGCAUUUUUGUAUUGUAAAUAUACUCAAGCUUAAUAAAAUUUGUAUUUAAAUUACUGCUAAUAA